GUCGUUGAGCAAAGUCAACGACUCCCUGCCUUUCACUUCCACUAUCAUGUCGCUCGCUGUCUUUAGAAAUACUAUCUCUUCUACUGCACGACGUGCAGCUUUCCGACCCCAGGUGGGGGUAGCGGCAGCUCGCUCAAUACACAAUUCCAAGCAAGCGAAUGCGGAGAUACCCACUUCCUCGACCACAUCCUCCACCGAACCUAUCACACAUAUUGCCAAGCUAAAUUCGAAUCAGCUGAGCCUCGAGACGCCACAGAACAAGGCUGAGUAUGUUCUCUCGACGAUGGACAAGAUCGCGAACUGGGCAAGGCAGGGUUCCAUGUGGCCGAUGACCUUUGGUCUUGCGUGCUGUGCGGUGGAGAUGAUGCACAUGGCCGCCGCUCGUUACGACCAGGACCGUCUCGGCGUCGUCUUCCGUGCCAGUCCACGGCAGUCCGAUAUCAUGAUUGUCGCGGGUACCCUCACGAACAAGAUGGCUCCCGCCCUCCGCACUGUCUACGACCAGAUGCCCGAGCCCCGCUGGGUCAUCUCCAUGGGGUCGUGUGCGAACGGUGGUGGAUACUAUCAUUACUCGUACUCGGUCGUUCGCGGAUGUGACCGCAUUGUUCCCGUCGAUAUUUACGUUCCUGGUUGUCCACCCACCGCAGAGGCGCUGCUGUAUGGUAUGCUCCAACUUCAGCGUAAGAUGAGGAAAAACCGGAAGAGCGUCCUCUGGUACCGCAAGUAGUUACCGGCGUUUUCUGGGCCAGUACUUCGUGAAACCAGACUUGUAUUUAGGACUCGGACAAAACUAUCGUUUAAU